AUGGGGUCAGGGAUGGGCUCAGCAUUGGGGGUGGCGGUGCUGCUGGCUUGCGCGUGGGGCGCCCGGUGCCAGGAGGCCAGCAACAGCAGCGACUGGAAGACGACAGACCACAGCCCAGGCCUCUGCGCAACGUACGAUUUCUGCGGGAGGGACAUGACGAUGAAGGGGAUACCUUGCCCAGACAACAGCCCCGCCAGGAACGUGACAGAUUCUCUGGCCAAGAAGCUUGAGGAGUACUGUCCCAGUUUGUGGGAGCAGCAUGCAGGCGCUGGGAAGGCGUGCUGCACAGAGCAGCAGCUGGACAGUCUGUGGGAGGAGGUUUCACAGGCUCGUGGGCUUUUCAGGGGCUGCCCAGCGUGCCUGCACAACUAUGUGCACCUGCACUGUGUGCAAGCCUGCUCCCCGGACCAGGCAACAUUCACGAACGUCACAAGAGCUGGACCGAACGAACUGACGGGGGUGACUGAGUUGAAGGAGGCUGACUACUAUUUCUCAGAUGCUUUUAAGUUGGAGCUUUUUGACUCUUGCAAGAACGUGACAAUUCCCGGCACAGACGCAAGAGCCUUCCAGUUCCUUGGGGACCCUUCCACUGCUCAGGACUUUAUAGAUUUCCUGGGAAUGCCCACGACUGAUGGGGGCAGUGCCUCAUACCGGCAUUCAUUCCCCCCUGCCAAAGACACCCCCAAAGGGAUGGUUCCAAUAGAGGACUGGCUCGCUCAGUGCUGGACCCCAAAUUAUGAGUGUGCUUGCCAUGACUGCCCUGUGAAGCCGAUGUGUAUGGACCACAGCCCUGGCGUCUGUACAGUCUAUGGCGACUGUGGAAAGGACAGCAAUGACAAGGGCAUCCCAUGCCCCGACAGCUCGCCAGCAAGGAAUGUGUCGGAUGCGAUGGCAGCAAAACUGGCAAACUACUGCCCUGCCUUGUGGGCACAGUAUGGAGGCACAGGGAAAGCAUGCUGCACGGAGCAGCAGCUGGAUGCACUGUGGGCUGAUAUGGCCCAGGCCGAGAACCUGUUUGCUGGCUGCCCUGCUUGCAUGUCCAAUUUCAUACACCUCUGGUGUGUGGUGUCCUGCUCGCCGGACCAGUCUACAUACAUGAAUGUCACUGCACUUCAGACCAAUCAUUUGACUGGCCAGUCAGAAGUGAAGGAGGCUAAAUACUACUUCACUGACAGUUUCAAGAACACUCUGUUCAACUCCUGCAAGAAUGUCACCCUGGGCCAAACAACACUGCCCGCUUUCAUGUUUCUGGGCAACCCAGCCAACAGCCAGGCCUUCCUCGACUUUUUGGGGACGCCUUCAACGGCUGGCGGCAAUGCCCCCUACCACCUCAUGUUCCCUCCGGCCUCGGAUGCGCCGCCUGGGAUGGUCGCCGUCGACGAUGACCGCCCCCAGUGCUGGACUCGGGGCUUUGAAUGCUCGUGUGUGGACUGCCCCGACGCUCCUGUCUGUGCAGCAAGUUUCCCUUCAGGACAGGAUGGCUCAGGGUCUUCGAAUGGCUGUUCAGCCCUUGGCUUGGGCUCUUCUGUCGUGAGCUGCUGGGACCUGUCGGUGAUCGCCUUGUACAUUAUUGUGGCGGCUGUGCUGCUGACGACGGUGAGGAAAGGCAUGCAGCUGAAGCACAUGUACGAGCCCCUGCUGCCAGUGGACACGGCGUCAGGCCAAUCUGUCGAGGCUGGGAGUGAAUACGGGGACAACAUGUUCGCGGCUGGUCAGCCCAUCACCCUGCCUGUCAUCCACAAGCCGAUUGAAAACUGGCUGAGGAGGUGGUUCAGGAGGCAGGGGGAGUUUGUGGCCUGCAACCCACUGAUCACCAUCCUGGGGGGCAUUGUGCUGGUGGGGCUGUGCGCCACGGGCCUGGUCUGGUUCACAGUUGAGACGGACCCCCAGAUGCUGUGGGUGUCCAAGAGCUCGCGGGCGUGGAAGGACAAGGUGGCGUAUGAGGCAUCGUUCGGGCCCUUCUACAGGGUGGAAAACUUCAUAGUGUCGACAACGCCGCACAGCAUCUCCGACAAGAUGACGUCAUCAGGGCUGCCAAGCAUCGGCAUGGGACGCUACGUGGACCUCAUGUUCGACAUCCAAGACAAGAUCGACGGCAUACAAGCAACGGUCGGCGAGGGGGAGGCAGCGCACAAUGUGACGCUCAACGAUGUGUGCUUCAAGCCCACAGGGGAUGUCUGCGGCUCCCAGAGUAUUCUGCAGUACUGGCAGAUGAACCGCUCAGUUUGGGAGCAGCAGGUGACGCCCAUGGGCCGCAAGGACGGCCAUGACAAGAUGAGCUUUUGCAUUCAGGAGUGGCCAAGGUCGUGCUACAGUGCCUUUGGGGCGCCCAUGGAUCCAAAGAUUGUGCUGGGAGGCUUCUCAUCGGGCACAAAGGCCAGCGACUUGGCGGACGACUCCAGCGCCUUCGUUGUGACUUUCCUUCUGAACAGCAGCAUCGAAGUGCGGGACGCAGCAUUGGCAUGGGAGGCGGAGUUCAUAUCGCUGGCCAAGAGCGAGCUGGAGGCGAUGGCACGGGGAGCAAACGUGUCGCUAUCGUUCUACAGCGAGAGGUCUGUCCAGGACGAACUGCAGCGCGAGAGCGGUGCCGACGUCCGCACUGUCGCCAUCUCAUACCUCGUCAUGUUCGCCUACAUCGCCCUGGCCCUCAGCUCCAUCCCACAGCAGAUCAAGCACGCCAGCCAGAUGGCCGUGGCCACGCGCUUCAUGCUGGGCGCAGGCGGCGUGGUCAUCGUGGCCGGCAGUGUGGUGGGUGCGCUGGGCCUGUGCGGCUGGAUGCGGGUGCAGGCCACGCUCAUCAUCAUGGAGGUUAUACCCUUCCUGACGCUGGCGGUGGGCGUGGACAAUAUGUUCAUCAUGGCCUACGAGCUGCACCACCAGAAUCGCGCGGUGCCCCUGUUCAUCCGCAUGGGCGAGGCCAUGUCCGUGAGCGGCCCCUCCGUGACGCUCGCCGCUGCCGCGGAGGUCCUGGCCUUCGGGCUGGCGGCCCUGGUGCCCGUGCCUGCGGUCCGGAGCUUCAGCAUCUGCGCCGCCAUCGCGCUGCUGCUGGACUUCAUCCUUCAGGUGACCGUGUUCGCGGCCCUACUGACCCUGGACACCUACCGUGCUGAGUCCCAUCGCGCAGACUGCUUCCCGUGCAUCAAACUCGGCGACCCCUGCGCCGAGGAGACCAUGUACGCAGUGGUGGACUCCGGGACGCCCAGCCAGGGGUCCAACCCAGAGCCGCCGCGCAUGCUCCUCCAGACCUACGUCUCAAAGGUCCACGCCCCCGCCCUGCUGAGGCCGCCCGUCCAGGCUGCCGUGCUGGUUCUGACGGCCACCAUGUUCUUCGCCUCGCUGUCGCUCACCUCCCGCCUGUCCAAGGGCCUGGAGCAGCAGGUGGCGCUGCCGCGGGACUCCUACCUGCAGCAGUACUUCGGGGACCAGAUGGAGUUCCUGAGGGUGGGUCCGCCAGUGCUGUUCGUGGUGCGGGACAUGGACGUGGUGCCCGGCUCGCCGGACGUGGACAAGAUAUGUGGGGGCACGGGCUGCAAGCCAAACUCGCUCAUGGCGCAGAUAUCUGAGUCCAAGUCCAAGCACCUCUAUCACCUGGAGUCCUCCGCGGCGUCCUGGAUCGACGACUUCAUGCUGUGGAUCAGCCCGCAGCUGAAGCACGGCUGCCACCUGGACCCGCAGACCGGCGAGCAGUGCCUGGCCGUGGAAGGAGAAUACGCCAAUGGCUGCGAGAAGUGCAUCACAGGAGGCUUUCCAGCAGGCAGCCGGCCCAACGUGAGCGAGUUCCAGCGCCUCCUGCCCUGGUUCCUGUCAACCCUUCCCAACGAGAACUGCUCCCAGGCCGGCGCUGCAGCCUACUCGGACAGCAUCCAGAGGGACCCCGCCGACCCCACCGGCAUCGCUGGCCUCUCCAACGGCACCAUCGUGGCCUCCAGCUUCCGCGCCGCCUACACGCCCCUCAACUCACAGGCCGCAUUCAUCGACUCCUUGUCAGACACCUACGCCUUUGUCGAUUCCGUGAGAUCAACCCUGGGCAUGGACAUCUACGCCUACUCCACGUUCCACAUCUUCUUCCAGUCCUACCUGCACAUUGGCGCCAGGGCGGCUUAUGUACUGCUGCUCACCAUGCUAACCUCCGCGCUGGUUUGUUGGGCUGUCUUGGGCAGCUUCGGCGCUGCGUGCUUGGUGCUGUUGUGCGUGGCCAUGACGCUGGUGGACUUGAUGGGCGCCAUGCGGCUGUGGGGCGUGCAGCUGAACGGGGUGUCCGUGGUGAACCUGACCAUGGGGGUGGGCAUCGCAGUGGAGUUCUGCGUGCACGUGGCGCACGCCUUCGUGAACAUGCCAGGCACGCGGGCGGCACGGGUGGCAGGGGCGCUGGAGGGCGUGGGCGCGGCGGUCAUCAGCGGCAUCACGCUCACCAAGUUCAUCGGCGUGAUCGUGCUGGCGUUCUCGAGAACCCAGAUCUUCGAGAUUUACUACUUCCGAAUGUACCUUGCCUUAGUCAUCCUGGGCGCCAUCCACGGCUUGGUGCUGUUGCCAGUGCUCCUGGCGCUCUUUGGCCCGCGGCCGCCUCCGUUAGCCGACAGCGAAGUGGGCAGCAACGGAAAUCGAAAUGCGUACGAGCAACACGUGGCGGCGGAGGGCAGGUACGUUCCUCCACCGGCCAUGAACGGCGCUCAAACGGACGAGAUGUGA